CAAAAAGAAGGGGCCUGCUGCGGGGCUUUUUUUUUCCCUUUCUUGUUGUCGGUUGAAAAGUGAAAGUGCAGAGUCGGAAAUGGCAGCUGCGACUUGGCUUGGUUUGAGAUUAUUCCCUCGGCUCGCUUCUCAGCUGAGUCGCCCGUGUCCGCGAACCGGGCCUCUUCAUCCCGGGGCUCCAGUGAGGCGGCUCGGUGGGACUCAGCGCGCCCGGGUCGCGGAAAAGGGCAAUGAAACCGGCUGGGGUAAAAGCCGGAGCCCAGAGACGCCGAAAUUCACAGAGCUCGACAAGGCUGAUGCCUGGAUGCUGAGGAAAGCCCACGAAACAGGGUUCCUGUCGUGGUUUCGGAACGGCUUGCUGGCCACAGGGAUUGGGGUGAUCUCUUACGUUCAGAGCGAUGUGGGGCGCGAAGCUGCCUAUGGUUUCUUCAUCCUGGGCGGGGUGUGUGUGUCGUUUGGAAGUGUCUCCUACGUUGGGAACCUGUUUGCCGUGCGCCGCACCAUGCUGCUGUCCCUCCCCGCUGUGCUGCUCAACGGCCUGGUGGUGAGCUCUGCUGCCCUCUUCUGGCUGUGCGCGGUAGCGCUGUAUAUCGGCAGGCUGGAGGUGGAGAUUGUGCAUGACGGAGAGGAGGGGUGUGAGGACUGCCGCAAGGAUGAAGAUGACAGAGACAAGAAGGACAAAUAAAUACAGGCUUUAAUAAAUAAACUACACCACCAACAACACUGCAGGCUUACUUGAAUGAUCUAAACAGGGUUGGGUCUUGGGUUGUAAAUGGGAAUGCCUAACAGGCUUUGGUAGUUAGUCGAGGAAAGAAGGUAGGGAAGUUCCUAUAUAUAUAUAUAUACUUUUUAAUUAUUUUUUUUGCUCCAAGAGCCAGCUUCCCAAUGUUUCGGUAUGUUUAACAUGCCUUUAUCAUGGGAAAGUGCGUUUGAAAACAAACAGUGGAGCUACUUCUAGGUUUGUGAUGCCAUGACAACUACACUAACUUAUUUCUACUGCAACCCAUUGAUGUGUUUGUGAUGUCAUUUAAUGAUGCAACGAUCUGCUGUUCAGCUCUAUUUAAACCUUCAGGCAUCGCUAUUCUACUGUAUUGUACAUUUUAUCUAAGUUGAUUUCUUCUGAAACUACAAACUGGGUCAUUGGUGUUCUGUUCAUUUUUUGUAAAGUGUUGCACUGUUGGCGACGUUUCAACCGCAGCGUGGAACCCUCGGAAAGUGAAGAAGAAGCACUAGCUGGAACCAACUUCUUGGCUUGGGGAUUAAUUGAGUUAAGAUUUUGCUUGAAAGUUGCUUUGUUACACGACAUAUUUCAACUGCCCAAUAAGAUGAAAACUAGACCCACGUGAUCAGAAAAAGUGUGUGUGUGUGUGUGUGUGUGUGUGUGUGUAUAUAUAUAUAUAUAUAUAUAUAUAUAUAUAUAUAUAU